CACUGAAAUAGAGGAAGUAAUGACUUCUGGUCUGCACUAUUCUGUGCGCGUGAUCGUAUCCUCAUUCAAAAGUGACUGGAAGACAUUUGACGUGACUGGAUGUAGAUGUAGAUUUAUGUGGUUAAACACAUGCUAAUUGUAACCCUGGGCAUUCUGUAGAUUGUUAACAAGUUCGUUUUGGACUUGAGUUUGGACCACAUCAUGACCGGAAGGAGUCCAGUGGAGGAUGUGGAGGCUUUAGUGGCGGAGGCGCGUCGUGUUUAUCGCGACAACUUCGGUGAAGAUCCGUGUGUUGCGGUCUGCGCUCCGGGUCGGGUCAACUUAAUCGGAGAGCACACCGAUUAUAAUGAAGGAUUUGUUCUACCAACGGCUUUGCACCUAGUAACAGUAAUGGUGGGCAGCAGCACCUCUGGCCAGAGCUGUUCUGUUGUGACCAUUGCAGAAUCUGCAGAUGAGCCAAGAAGAGUGCACUUUAAUCUACCAACAGACAGUGCGCCUCUGACAGGAGGACAGCCCUUCUGGGCCAAUUACGUUAAAGGCGUGGUGCAACAUUACAGAGCCCAGCCCCUGCCUGCAUUUAAAGCUGUGAUAGCCAGCAGUGUGCCACUCGGGGGUGGAUUGUCCAGCUCAGCUUCACUUGAAGUUGCAGUGUACACAUUCCUCCAGCAGCUUUGUCCAGAUGAUGGGGAUAAGAUAGCGAAGGCACUAGCUUGCCAGAAGGCAGAGCAUACUCAUGCUGGAGUACCCUGUGGUAUUAUGGACCAGUUUAUUUCAGUGCUAGGCAAAGAAGGCCAUGCGUUGCUUAUUGACUGCAGAUCAUUGGAGGCCACUGCUGUUCCCCUGGCUGAUCCUGGUCUGGUCAUCCUUAUCACAAAUUCCAAUGUGAAGCAUGCACUCACAGGAAGUGAGUAUCCCAGCAGACGAAAACAGUGUGAGGAGGCAGCAGCCAUUAUGGGCAAGAGCAGUCUAAGAGAUGCCACACUGCAAGAUCUGGAAGAUGCCAAAGACCGAUUGGACAGUGUAACGUAUAGACGAGUACGCCAUGUGAUCGAAGAGACUGAACGUACUGCAAAGGCAGCUGAGGCUCUUAAAAGAGGAGCUUAUCAAGAGUUUGGAAAACUAAUGGUGGAGAGCCACAAUUCCCUCAGAGAUCUUUAUGAGGUUAGCUGUCCAGAGCUGGAUGUGCUGGUAACUGCAGCAAUGGAGGUUGAUGGAGUCUUUGGGAGUCGCAUGACAGGAGGAGGGUUUGGUGGAUGUACAGUUUCUCUGCUUCAGUCUGAUGCCACUGAGAGAACUAUGAAGCACAUAAAGGAGAGAUAUAGCGGAUCUCCAACCUUUUACAUAACUACCCCAUCAGAUGGAGCUCGGGUCCUCAGUGUAUUUAAUUAGAAUCAAUAAUCAAAAGUCAAAUGAACUCAUCAUUAACUUACAGUAAUUUGAUUUUAAUCACUGACCAGUAAUCUAGUUAAAUUCUGAUUAAUGGAAAUUUUUUACAAUAAAAAUGAGAACAUAGAGUGCAUUUUAAAAUGUUUUUAAAUAAAGGACACUUGUUUUAAUCUUGUAUUGAAUGUGUACUCAAUGACCUAUUCAAAGAUCAUAAUUAGAGUUGCAUAUUGACCAGACAGGGUGCUCAUUUAUAUUACAUGUGCUUGCAAAUAUUCCCUGAUACCAAAAUUCAAUAUUGUGUGAUGUAAGUUAAAUGCCAAAUGCCAGAAAUCUAAAAUUCAAUACUGUGUGAUUCUGUCACACGAGUGGACAGACAACACAAAAUGACAGUGCAAAAUGUUGUACAAUAUAUAUAGGCAAAUGUUUGUGGACACCUGACCAUUGUCUGUCUUUGUGCCUUCACCAAACUGUUGCAAGCACAUAGUUCAGUUGGAAGACACAUACUUCAAUAAUUUAUCACGUAUGAGUGUGAUUGUCAGGUGUCCUCAGUUCUUUCAGCAUGUAGUUUAUUUCACAAUUCAGUUAAAGCAAUGCAGACUGCAAAAUGCUCUGUACACAUUUGUAUCUAUGUGUAAUUUAUCCAAUCUGAUCCAUUAUUGGGAUGAUUUUAGAGGGUUGGAAACCUACAGGAAAUUUACAAUCAGGACAAUCUGGGACCCUGUAGUUGUGUGGCAGUUAUGCAUGUAUUAUUUUCCUAUAACAGAAUGGUCAGUCCCUUGUUAAUACUUACAUAUUCAUUCAGAAGGUGGUGUGUCAUUAAAAAGAGAAAUGAUGCAUUAUGGGGACAUUA